AAGACUGACCCAUUGAUGCUAACGUUUGGGGCUCGAUGGAUCCUCAAAUCACAAAACGCGCCCUUGGACAUGAAAGGAGUUGAAUGUCGCGUGGUUUCAAGAGAACUUGGCACUGUCUUGUGUGAAAAACAUAUGGACACAGUUUUUGAGUUACCUGAUAGAACUUUUAUAGGUGGUAAAGAGACAGCAUUAAGUCUAAGGGAGAUCAUAAGUCGGUUGGAGAAAGUAUAUUGUGGAGCGAUAGGUGUGGAGUAUAUGCACUUGUACGAUUUAGACUGUGUACAGUUUAUAAGAGAAAAGAUGGAGACACCAGGGGCGUUCGAAAAGACGAUCGAAGAGAAAAAAGACAUCAUGCGGCGUCUUACCAAAGCUGUUUUUUUAGAAAAGUACUUCGCAACGAAAUGGCCGGCGGAAAAGCGUUUCGGUUUGGAAGGCGGGGAGAGUAUGAUCGCGAUGCUGGAGGAGAUCGUAGAUACUAGCACGAAACUUGGCGUCGAAUCCAUUGUUAUGGCAAUGCAACAUCGAGGACGUCUAAAUAUGUUAGUAAAUGUAUGCCGUAAGCAGCUGACAGAUAUUUUUGCUCAAUUUAAGCCGAUGGAGCCUAAAGAGCCGGGAUCAGGCGAUAUUAAAUACCAUCUCGGAACAUUCAUUCACCGCUUUAUUCGUAGAACGAAUAAAUACAUUAAAGUGUCCAUGAGUUGUAACCCUUCACACUUGGAAGUGGUGUCACCUGUAGUGAUCGGUAAGGCUCGCGCUGAGCAACACUGGAAAGGAGACAGUAAUGGAGACAAGGUAAUGGCAAUAAUUAUGCACGGAGAUGCAGCUUUCUGUGGACAAGGCGUGGUGUAUGAAACGAUGCAUUUAGGCAACUUGCCUAAUUUCACCACACACGGCUCCAUACACAUUGUAUGCAACAAUCAAAUUGGAUACACCACUGAUCCAAGAUUCGCUAGAAGCUCGCCAUACUGUUCAGAUGUAGCUAAAUGCGUAGACGCUCCGGUUCUACACGUGAACAGCGAUGAUGCUGAAGCUGUAGCUCACGUGGCGCGAGUGGCGAUAGAGUUCCGGUGCAAAUUUAAAAAGGACGUCGUGAUAGAUUUGGUCUGCUAUCGUCGUUUCGGGCAUAGCGAAGAAGAUGAACCUAUGUUCACGCAGCCCAUUAUGUAUAAGAAAAUAAAAAGUAUGCAAACAGUGGACCGAAUUUAUGGAGAUAAGUUAAAAGCAGAAGGCGUAAUAACAGAUGGGGAUAUCAAAGGUUGGGAAAAAGAGUAUAUGGAUACUUUGAACAAGCACUUCGAACUUGCGAAAAAAAUUACGAAACUAAGCAUCAUGGAUUGGGUGGAUACACCUUGGACAGGUUUCUUCGAAGCUACUGAUCCUAAAAAGAUACGUGAUACUGGCAUCUGUGAAACAACAAUUGCUACGAUAGCAAACCAUUUUUGUAAACCACCCGAACCCUGGGCAUUUGAAAUACAUAAAGGCAUUCACAGAAUCUUGGAAAAGCGAGAAAAAAUGGUAAAGUCAGGUAUCGCUGAUUGGGCAAUGGGAGAGGCACUAGCGUAUGGUUCACUGUUGCGCGAUAAGAUUCACAUACGACUUACCGGCGAAGAUGUUGAAAGAGGGACAAUGGCACACAGGCACCACGUAUAUCAUCACCAAGGUGUUGAUGGGGCCACCUACAGAGUAUUAGAUACUUUAUACCCUGAUCAAGCUCUAUACAGCCUUCAUAAUAGUUCGUUGAGUGAAUUCGGUAUUUUGGGUUUUGAAGUCGGUUACUCUUAUUCGAGUCCAUUUCUGCUCACCAUCUGGGAGGCGCAGUAUGGCGACUUCGCAGACACUGCCCAGCCUGUAUUCGACACAUUCAUCGCCAACGGAGAGAGCAAAUGGGUGUGCCAGACAGGUGUUGUGGUUCAAUUGCCUCAUGGGAUUGAUGGAGCAGGCCCAGAGCAUUCAUCGGGACGUGUAGAGCGAUAUCUGCAGCAGGCUGAUGAUGAUGAAGACGAUAUUCCCGAUCUCGAUGAUAAAGAUAUGGCUUUGAAACAGCUACGGUCUGCGAACUGGUUUGUGUGUAACGUAACAACUCCGGCAAACUAUUUUCAUUUGAUGCGGCGACAAAUAGCUCUGCCUUUCCGCAAACCGCUCAUACUGAUGACACCUAAAGUUGGCCUCAAGCACCCAUAUUACACGUCCCCUUUCAAGGAUUUUUUGCCCGGAACUUCAUUUCAAAGAUUAAUUCCUGAAAGUGGACCAGCGAGUAAGAAGGCAAAGGAUGUUAAAAAAUUAAUUUUCUGUUCUGGCAAAGUAGCAAUUACAAUUGACGAGCUCCGAAAAGAGAAGAAAUUGGAAGACAAAAUAGCUUUAUCUAGAAUCGAACAAAUAUACCCGUUUCCAUACGAUUUAGUGCUAAAGGAAUUUUGUAAAUACGACAAAGCGAGAGUUGUGUUUUGUCAAGAAGAACACAAGAAUCAGGGUCCUUGGACCUUUGUUAGAACCAGGCUUGAAAAUCUUUUUGGAAAAAAAAUCGAGUGUAUUUCGAGACCGCCUAGCGCAGCGUCUGCAACAGGAAUCAAAUGGAUACAUGCAAAAGAACUUAAGGAAUUGAAAGAAAAUAUUGUUGCUUUGUAACUUUGUUAUAUUUUAUGAUUAUUUAUAAAUACAUUGA